GCAAAGUAAAGGCUAGAAGGAAAGUCCUGAGGGCUGACCCCCCUUCGCCCCCCAGGCCCUUCCAACCAUGCCUGGAUCAGGGUUGUUUCACAGCGCCUCUGGCAGCAGGCGCAAGGGAGCGGGUGGUGGGUGCUCACUGGCGCCCCUGGUGACGGCGUGGCCUUCAGGCGACGUGGUGGACGUUUACCAGCGGGAGUUCCUGGCGCUGCGCGAUCGCCUGCACGCUGCCGAGCAGGAGAGCCUUAAGCGCUCCAAGGAGCUCAACCUGGUGCUGGACGAAAUUAAGAGGGCUGUGUCCGAGAGGCAGGCGCUGCGGGAAGGAGAGGGCAACCGCACCUGGGGCCGCCUGACCGAGGACCCCCGGCUGAAGCCCUGGAACGCUUCGCACCGGCACGUGCUUCAUCUGCCCACCAUCUUCCACCACCUGCCUCACCUGCUGGCCAAGGAGAGCAGCCUGCAGCCAGCCGUCCACGUGGGCCAGGGCCGCACCGGAGUGUCGGUGGUAAUGGGCAUCCCGAGCGUGCGCCGCGAGGUGCAUUCCUACCUGGCGGACACGCUGCACUCGCUCAUCUCCGAGCUGAGCCCGCAAGAGAAGGAGGACUCGGUCAUUGUGGUGCUGAUCGCUGAGACCGACCCUCAGUACACUUCGGAGGUGACAGAAAACAUCAAGGCCUUGUUCCCCACAGAGAUCCAUUCCGGGCUCCUGGAGGUCAUCUCCCCUUCCCCCCACUUCUACCCAGACUUUUCCCGCCUGCGCGAGUCCUUUGGGGACCCCAAGGAGAGAGUCAGGUGGAGGACCAAACAGAACCUCGACUACUGCUUCCUCAUGAUGUAUGCGCAGUCCAAAGGCAUCUACUACGUGCAGCUGGAAGAUGACAUUGUAGCCAAGCCCAAUUACCUGAGCACCAUGAAGAACUUUGCCCUGCAGCAGCCUUCAGAGGACUGGAUGAUCCUGGAGUUCUCACAGCUGGGCUUCAUUGGGAAGAUGUUCAAGUCGCUGGACCUGAGCCUCAUUGUGGAGUUCAUCCUGAUGUUCUACCGGGACAAGCCCAUUGACUGGCUGCUGGACCACAUUCUGUGGGUGAAGGUCUGCAAUCCCGAGAAGGAUGCGAAGCAUUGUGACCGGCAGAAGGCCAACCUUCGUAUCCGCUUCAAGCCCUCACUCUUCCAGCAUGUGGGUACCCACUCAUCCCUGGCUGGCAAGAUCCAGAAACUGAAGGACAAAGACUUUGGGAAGCAAGCCCUGCAGAAGGAGCAUGUGAACCCGCCCGCCGAGGUGAGCACCAGCCUCAAGACUUACCAGCACUUCACCCUGGAGAAGGCCUACCUGUGUGAGGACUUCUUCUGGGCGUUCACUCCGGCCGCAGGGGACUUCAUCCGCUUCCGCUUCUUCCAGCCCCUGCGCCUUGAACGCUUCUUCUUCCGCAGCGGGAACGUCGAGCACCCGGAGGACAAGCUUUUCAACACGUCUGUGGAGGUACUUCCCUUCGAUAACCCCCAGUCCGAGAAGGAGGCCCUGCAGGAGGGGCGCUCAGCAACACUGCGCUACCCACGGAGCGCCGACGGCUACCUGCAGAUCGGCGCCUUCUACAAGGGUGUGGCGGAAGGAGAGGUGGACCCGGCCUUUGGCCCCCUGGAGGCACUGCGCCUGUCCAUCCAGACCGACUCCCCGGUGUGGGUCAUUUUGAGCGAGAUCUUCCUGAAAAAGGCUGACUAAGGGAGGCUUCCGGGGCGCUUCCGGCUUGCCCGAGAUGUCUGCCGCUGCCCAGAGGGCCCGGUGCGGCCCCACGGUGGCUCUGCCCGCUCCCUGCUGGCUGGCCUGGGGUUCACCGCUGGACCGGAGGCCCCAGGAGCUGGUGCUGCCCCGGCCCGGGCCGCGAGAACGAACGUUGGCGGCCCCACACUGUGCCUGAGGGCCGGCCCGCGCCGCCCGAACUGGAACCGAACCCACCCGGAGGUCGACCCGGCGGGCCUCUCCAGGCCGUUUUAGAGGAGCUUUUCCUUGGGCGCUGCUGUCUGUGGCGCGAACACUGGAAUGCAUAUACUACUUUAUGUGCUGUGUUUUUUAUUCUUGGAUACAUUUGAUUUUUCACCUGAGUCCACAUACACUUCUAUAAGAGCGUGACUUGUAAUAAAGGGUUAAUGAAGUGUGUGCCUC